AUGGACAAUUUUAUUCCUGGACAGAUAUUCACAACUUCUGCAAGUUUGGUUGAUAGUGUCGAUCGAAAAUUAUUGGUAGUGCUUCGUGAUGGUCGUAAGUUAAUUGGGGUACUUAGAUCAUUUGACCAAUUUGCAAACUUGGUAUUACAAGAUACAAUAGAAAGGAUUUAUGUAGGAGAUGCUUAUGGAGACAUCCCAAGAGGAAUUUUUAUAAUUAGAGGAGAAAAUGUCGUAUUGUUAGGAGAAAUUGAUCUUGACAAAGAAGAUGAACUACCACUUAGACAAGUUCCGGUAGAUGAGAUUUUAUUAGCACAAAGAGAAGAGAUUGAAGUAAGACAAAAAAGGGAGAAACUUAAAAAUAAAUUAUUACAUGAUCAAGGGUUUAGUGUAGAUUUUACAGAAACUGAUUUAUAUUGA